AUGGGCGCCAACACCAGCACCGAGGUUCCUCCUCAAGCUACAGAGCCUACUCCCUCCCCAUUUCGCUUCAAGCCCCGGCCUCGCAGACCAGCUAAUCGUCGUCGUAAACAGCAAAACGCACCUGGCGAGGGAUCCGAUUUCGAAGCAUGUUGGAACAUGAUCAAAGAGGCGCUGCGCGAUAUCCACAACAAAAGCUGCGGCCGCCUGUCCUUCGAAGAGCUAUACCGAGCGGCCUACAAGAUUGUGCUGAAGAAGAAGGGCGAGGUCUUGUACGACAAAGUCAAGGAGUUUGAGGAGCAAUGGUUUGCCGAGCAUGUCAUUCCCAAGAUUGAAAUCUUGGUCACCAAGAGCCUGAUCAAUAUCGGUAUGGACGUCUCGUCGUCGACUUCUGUCAACGAGCGAAGACAGACGGGUGAGAAGUUUCUCAAGGGCCUAAGAGAUACGUGGGAAGACCACAACAUGUCCAUGAACAUGACGGCAGAUAUCCUCAUGUAUCUUGAUCGAGGCUACACCCAGCAAGAGCCACGCCGAGUGCCCAUCUUCGCUACGACCAUUGCAUUAUUUCGAGACCACAUAUUACGUUCUUGCCUUAACGCGAAUUCCGAUAGCUUGAUUAUGGAUAUUCUCAUAUCGGUUAUGCUGGAUCAGAUCGACAUGGAGAGGCGUGGAGAUGUGAUUGACCGAGCCCUCAUCCGCAGCUGCAGUCGCAUGCUGAGUUGCCUGUACGAAACAGAGGAUGAAUCGGAGAGCAGUAAGCUCUAUCUAACCAUUUUCGAACCGCGAUUCCUCAGCAAUAGCGAAACAUUCUAUACGAGAGAGUGCGAACGGCUGUUACGAGAAUCUGACGCCAGCACAUGGCUACGACACACUCAAAACCGACUGAUCGAGGAAGAGGAUCGAUGUGGUACCACUAUCGAGCUCGAGACACUUCCCAAGGUGUCGCAUGUGGUGGAUCAGAAACUCAUCCUGGGCCACCUGGGUGACUUCCUUGCUAUGGAGGGUAGCGGCUUGAGGUGGAUGAUUGAUAACGACAAGACAAAUGAUCUGAAGAUAUUGUACUCGCUCAUCUCGAGAGUCGAUGAUAAGAAGACGGCUCUUCGCGAGAUAUUGCAAAAGCGAGUUGUGGAAUUGGGGUUGGAAAUUGAGAGUGUUUUGAAGAACACCGACUUUUCGACGGCACAAGCCGACGGCGAAGACGAAGGUGGUGACAAGACGAAGACACUCAACCCUGCCGCGCAACAGACCGCCGCAGCCAUCAAAUGGGUCGACGACGUGCUUCGACUAAAGGACAAAUUUGACCACAUGCUGGCGAAUUGCUUCCAAGACGACCUAGUGAUCCAAACUGCACUGACCAAGAGCUUCUCCGAUUUCAUCAACAUGUUCAAUCGAAGCUCGGAGUACGUGUCUCUAUUCAUCGACGAUAGUCUAAAGAGGGGCAUCAGGGGCAAGACGGAAGAUGAAGUGGAUGCCAUUCUUGAAAAGGCCGUCGUCUUGAUUCGUUAUCUGCAAGACAAAGACCUCUUCCAGACCUACUACCAACGCCAUCUCGCACGACGACUUCUCCAUGGCAAGUCGGAAAGCCACGAUGUUGAAAAGCAAAUCAUAUUACGCAUGAAGCAGGAGAUGGGACAGCAGUUUACAAGCAAGUUUGAAGGAAUGUUUAGAGAUCUCGUCACAUCCGCGGAGCUAACAUCAACGUACCGCGACCACAUACGCAAUCUGGGAGAUGAGAGUCAUACCGUUGAGCUGAAUGUGAAUGUCCUCACAACCAACUAUUGGCCGCAAGAGGUCAUGGGACGGUCAGUCCAGCUAGAUGACGCACCAAGAAUGCAAUGCACCUACCCGCAAGAGGUCAAACGGCUGCAAGCUAGCUUUGAGCAGUUCUAUUUGACUAAUCGCAAUGGACGAAAGCUCACCUGGAUUGGCACCACCGGCAGCGCCGAUAUCAAAUGCACGUUCCCAGCUAUUGAGGGGAAGUCUGGUCCAUUGGCGCGAGAGCGUCGCUACGAGAUCAACGUCCCUACUUUUGGCAUGAUUGUGCUGAUGCUGUUCAACGAGUUGAAGGACGGCGAGAGCCUGUCAUUUGAGGAAAUCCAAGCCAAGACAAGCAUUUCAACGGUGGACCUCACGCGGGCGCUUAUGGCAAUCUCGGUAGCACCAAGGUCUCGCGUGCUGGCCAAAGAUCCGCCAACAAAGACCAUCAAGCCGGGCGAUAAAUUUUCGUUUAAUGCUUCUUUCCAAAGCAAGACAAUUAGAAUCAAAGCGCCCAUUAUCAAUGCCAUUUCCAAGGUUGAGGACAAGGAGGAGCGAAAGUCUACGGAAGAGAAGAACAACCAAACUCGGGCCCAUAUAGUGGAUGCGGCGAUUGUAAGAAUCAUGAAGGCCCGCAAAGAACUCAGCCACUCACAGUUGGUGAGCGAGGUUCUGUCCCAGCUGGUAGGCCGCUUCAAGCCCGAGGUAACUCUCAUCAAGAAGCGAAUCGAGGAUCUCAUAGUGCGAGAAUAUCUCGAGCGGCCAGAUGAAGACGGAGCGCCGUCGAUGGACCACAUCGCAGAGCUGAAAAACGCAAAGCCAAAGAAGCCCUUCUUCUUCCUCAAGCCAGCCUCGUCCAUUAUCCUGCCUGGCGAAGGGCCAUGUCUGCAGCCCAAGGGCGUGGAUAUGCACUUUGAGGUCGAGCUGGCUCUUAUUAUUGGAUCCAUCGUGCGGAAUCUGCAUCCUGAGGAUGAGAAGGGGGCGUUGGACGCAAUCAAGGCCUACGCCAUCGCCAUCGACAUGACGGCGCGCAACGUCCAAAACGAGGCCAAGAAAAAGGGCCUCCCCUGGUCCAUCGCAAAGGGCUUCGACACCUUCCUGCCGAUGAGCAACGUGAUCCCCAAGGCCGCCAUCGCGGACCCGCACGACGCGGAGCUGUUCCUCGAGGUCAACGGGCAGACGAAGCAGCGGGGGUCGACGAACCUGAUGAUCUACCGCAUCCCGCGCAUCGUGAGCGACAUCUCGCGCGUCAUGACGCUGAUGCCGGGCGACGUGGUGCUGACGGGCACGCCAGCGGGGGUUGGGCCCGUGGUGCCGGGAGACGUGAUGAGGGCGGGCGUGAGGGUGGAUGGGCGGGAGGUGGAGGAGGGGAGGAUUGAGGUGCCGGUGGAGUUGUCUGCGUCGGCGUAUGAGUUUUCGGAGACGUGA